AUGGCCGAGGCGGUUUCCAUAAUGGUUCGAGAGCCCCAGCCGGACGGGCCUUUCAGGCCUGAGGCGGAAGUGUGGCCUCUGGUGAGCAGGGUGCCCAUGAUGAUUGCACCAGCACAUCCACAACAGGCCGCAGCAAGUCGGAGAGAGUCUUCCAGGGAGGGGUUCAUGAUGGCCCGCCGCUUUGUCGAGAUCGUUUUGCUACUAUGGGCUUGGCUAAAAAGCUGGGCUGACUUGCUGAACAAUGGCAGAGCGGCAUGGCAGCUUUUACCAGACACAGAUAUUGAGCUCCUUGCUCCAGUGGUGGUGGUCGUGGUGGGCAUCAUCGUGACCAGCCUGCUGGGUUUCUUCACCUUGUUUGAGCAAGGCCUGUAUGUGGAAGCCUGCAUGGCUGCGGUGGACUUGGACACGCCUUAUCUAGCUUGGAAACAUGGAUCAGAUGUUGUCAAGGGCAGGGACUGUCACGACUGGGAGAAGCUGCGGCUCAGGAACUCGAUUUGGAGGAGUCUCCCGCUUGCUAUGAUGAGCUUCAUUUUGUCGCUCCGACUCCUCAUGGAAAUCCCGACAUGUCAGAUGUUUGCCACUAUGGGAGUACUUCCCGUCCUGGUGUUUCCUGAUCUUGCAAAUCGAUCACUCUUUGUGAGAGAUACUCGCAGGGAUGGUGUAAAUGUCUCGCAGAUGGACAGGAUUCAGCUCCUGGAUAGGCUUGCAGACAAGAUUCCAUGGGAGCAUAAGCGAUUCAUUCGCGGAGAUGCCGAAGCAGGCGUGAAAGUCGAAAAUCAAUUUUGGCGUGCUGCCCAUUGCAGUGAUUCAGUGUGGGAGUAUGACACGCUGCCCCGAGAUCAGGACUUGGCCCAGAAUUGGCUGUUGUUUGCUCCUGCGCUUUGGGACAGAAUUGAGUUUGGGGGGAUUGGUUCCGGCAGCCUUGCCGCCUUGAAUGCUCUUGCCGUGGAGCGAGCAUUUGAAUCGAUCUACAGAGAGGAAGAGACAUUGAAACCAGCACUCCUCAAGAUGUUGCGGAAGGGUAGUCUCAAGCACCGCCUCGCUGGCAUGGUGAUAAGAGUCUCUCAGAUUUCUUGGCGUACACUUGUGGAUGGAUUCCGCGAACUUGUUCUCAGUAAAAUGGAUAAUGAGCCAACAAGAACAAUGCGGCAACGCCGGCCGUGGACAUUGGCAAUUGGUGGCUCUGUUUGGCUUCAGGUCAAGUCUGGAUGGAAAGUAAAGCUGUUCCAGACGGGCUGCUUGCUGAUGGUGGCCGUGUUGCCCAUCUUGAAGAAGAUCUUGGCAGUGAGCAAGAUUCGCAACUACUUGUUCACAGGCGCCGUGAUCAUGUAUGGUGUUUUCGACAUGGCAUGUCUUGUGACAACCUGGCUACUAUGUGCGGCAGCACCUUUGGCCUUCAAUUUGGGUGCAACAGCGGAGGUAUUCACUGCCGCUGCGACACAAGUUAUGGCUGGUACCAUCAAGGCACUAGACCGUGUUGAUAUUGGGGGGCAGUCUAAUGCGCAGGAUUCUGCAGUUCAAGAGCUUGCCAUGGUUUUGCGCAAUUAUCGGCCUGCAGAGACUCUGCCGUUGCAGGCAUCAUUUCUACCGGCAAUA